AUGGCGGCGGUGCCCCCCGUCGACGAGCCGCGGGAGUUCCACGUCGGGGUGUUGGGCGUCACGGGCUUCGUGGGCAAGUGA